AGUUCCACAAACGCCAGCAAGCUCUCUUUGCAAGCCUCUCCUCUCCUUUUUAAGUUACGGGGCACUUGUCAUGCACGUCCACAUCCCUCCUCUGAAAACCCAUUCUCCGAUCUCCACACACAUGGUCGACCGAGCUCUCCACCAUUUAUAUCCACCACUCCUCAUCGAUCGGAUCACGAGCGCGCCCCUCGAUCGGAUGAACGCCGGAGAAGAAACACAGCUCGAUCCGUGGCUGCUCUGCACACAUCGGUGAUCGAUCGUUCCAUGUACCUAUGAUUGAUUGAUCAGGGAGCAGUAUAAUGCCUUGCUUGGCGCAAGAGUUCCACCCCAAGCUGCCCGCGGCCAACCACUACUGCAAGUCCUUGUCGUCGCUCAUCCGGGAGACCUACGCGCACUGCCAUGUCCCCUGCGUCAGGAUCCCCGCCGGCGCCGGGUGGAGCUCCGGCGAGGACACCGACGACGACAGCGUCCUCGACGAAGCGCAAGACACCAAGCAGGUGAUCCUCAACGAGAUGAGGAACCGGCAGAUGAAGAAGCGGUCCAGGUGCAGCGUGGACUCGCCGUCGCCGACGCUGCCUCUGUCGUCGAGCUCUGCUUUCGCCUGGUCGUACACUCCGCUCGAUCCAAGAACCGUCCUCGACAAGGUGUCAAGUCCCAAGACGUGCGUCGUGGUGGAGGGGGCAGCGGCCGACGAGGAGAAGGAGGAGGAGGAGGAGGAGGAGGAGGACGACGGGGACUACGGCGACGCGGACGACGAGAGCGAGGCGUUCUUCUCCGUGAAGAGCUUCUUCACGCGCAGCACGAGCCGGGCGGCGACCGUGGCGUCGUCGGCGUGCAUGAUGAUGAUAGACCCGCCGCCGCCGACGCUGAUGCGGUCGCCCGAGGCCCUGGAGCGCUUCCGGGACUGCGAGGGGUGGCCGUUCGGGCUGUGCCGCCGGCCGGCCGUCCUCCCGCUGCCGCCGCUGCCCAGCACGCCGGCCGACUCGUGGAAGUGGCGCAAGAGCGUCAGUAGCCUCGCCGCGAGCCCAACUCCUGCUUACAGACACAAAAUCGCUGCUGCUAGCAGUAAAUGACCGCGCCGGCGCCGCCGUUGCCGUUAGUUCAUUAACAAAGAAGAAGCUCAAACCGUCCGUGUUAGCAGCAGCGACGCUGCUGAUGAGACGUGACGACGACGACGACUUUUGCAAGAAUUCAGCUAGUAGUAGCCUGCAUGCUUGAUGAUGCUUGUUCGUCCGGCCGGCCUCGUCUAGAAUGCGAGAGUUUCAUAGGAAUUCUAGAGGGCACGAAACAUUUUAAUUUGCUCCGACGAAAUGUGAAGCUUCACACAAAAUUCCUAUGAAGAUGUUGCAUGCUUGCUUAUUCGAGGCGGCCUUGAUCUUUUGCAAGGAUUCUUUUUUUCAGGUGUACGUGUUCUGAAUAAUAAACUCUGCUGUACUUUUCUGUUCUUUUGAGUCGGACGCUCUAGUUUUUUUGGCCUCUCUACUCAGGGAGUCAGAGUCAGAGAGCCCUCACUCGAUCUUCAAAGAAAGUUUCAAUUGAUGAUAUUUCUAGUUCCAAUUCA